GGCGGAGGGAGCGGCGGGCUGCGCGUCCUCGUCGGCUGCGUCCUCUUCCUGCUCAUCGUGUCCACGCUGCUCGGGAACACACUGGUGUGCGCCGCCGUGGUCAGGUUCCGCCACCUGCGCUCCAAGGUCACCAACUUCUUCGUCAUCUCUCUGGCCGUGUCUGACCUGUUCGUGGCGGUGCUGGUGAUGCCCUGGGAGGCCAUCACAGAGGUGACUGGCACGUGGCUGUUUGGGCGGUUUUGCGGGGUUUGGAUCGCCUUUGACAUCAUGUGCUCCACGGCCUCCAUCUUGAACCUUUGCAUCAUCAGCGUGGACCGCUACUGGGCCAUCGCCAGCCCCUUCAAGUACGAGCGCAAGAUGACUCACCGGGUGGCGUUUGUCAUGAUCGGGGUGGCGUGGACGCUGUCCAUCCUCAUCUCCUUCAUCCCAGUGCAGCUUAACUGGCACCAGGCCGGAGAGGAGGAGGAGGUGGUGGAGGUGAUGGCCUCCAGCAGCAGGAACUUCACCAACAGCACCAACUUCAACGCCAGCACCGUCGCCAAGAGCUGCGUCGCCAACCUGAACAAGACCUACGCCAUCUCCUCCUCCCUCAUCAGCUUCUACAUCCCAGUGGUGAUCAUGAUCGCCACCUACACCCGCAUCUACAGGAUUGCUCAGACCCAAAUCCGGCGGAUCACGUCUUUGGAGAGGGCGGCGGAGCAGGCACAGAACCAAGGCCACGGCAUGAACCGGAACCAGCAGCAGCAGCACCGACCCAACGACGAAGCCUCACUGAAGUCUUCGUUUAAGAAGGAAACCAAAGUCCUGAAGACACUCUCCAUCAUCAUGGGGGUGUUUGUCUUCUGCUGGCUGCCGUUCUUCGUCCUGAACUGCACCGUCCCGUUCUGUGACCCCCCCUGCGUCAGCGACACCACCUUCACCGUCUUCGUCUGGUUUGGCUGGGCCAACUCCUCCCUCAACCCCGUCAUCUACGCAUUCAACGCGGACUUCCGCCGGGCCUUCGCCACCAUCCUGGGCUGCAACCACAUCUGCUCCAAUAACGCGGUGGAAGCUGUGAACUUCAGCGACGAGCUCGUCUCUUACCACCACGACACGACGCUCCACAAGGAGGCGCUGGUCCCCGCGCAGCCGCAGCAACAUCCUCGCGCCAUCACCGUCGGGUCCGACCGCCUGGAGGACGUGAGCGCGCAGUUUGACGAGGAGUCGAUCAUCUCCAACGGUUCGCAGAGCCGCGACAGGCUGCUGCUGCUUCCUGCCACCGUCCGGCUGGAGGACGACCCCGAAAUCUCCCUGGAGACGAUCACGCCGUUCACCGCGGUGGCGAGGCUCGAGAGCGAUGCUCUGAUACCAGGACAAGUCCACCAGGAAGCAUCGGACUGA